AAAAGAAGUUAUUAUGUUCAAAAUGUUAAAAAUAUUAUGUAUUUUAUUAAAAGUGUUAAUGCUAAUGAGAGCAGUCAUCGGGUUGUCUUUAGAGAAUACAGAGAUGCAUAUAGUUCAGAAUACUCCAUCUUUCGAGUUCUUCACAGUUAAUGAUUACCUGUCACAAAUCCAGAAGUUAUCUAUCCAGAAAUAUUUGUACAACCUAACUGAAAAAGAUGCAGCCGUACAUCAGGGAGAUAACAGAUUAUUUCCGGAAAGCAUUAUAAGCAAUCCAACAUUAUCUAUUCGGACAUUCGUAGAAUUUGAUAACGUAUUAAUCAAGAAAGACCUUUUUGUGUCAUUCAGAUCGGACAAAUUUAAAUUGAUAAAUGAAAACUUUGGAAUAAAUUAUAGAAUUCAAUGGAACGAAAAUCUGAAUCGAACGAUUCAAAUAAACCUUAAUGAUAGUAACACAUUUAUUAAACCAUUAGAAUACAAAUUAUAUGAUUUAAAACCUUAUACAACUUACUAUUUCAAUAUAGAAAUGUAUAAUAGCAGACCUGACUUUUCUUAUGUUGAUUUCAUCAAUGUGUCCACUACGCAUGAGAAUCCAAUACCUCUAUUACUCGUCCACAUGUUUCGUAAAUCGGGUGUGGAUGUAUUGGAUGUAGAUUUACAGAUAGGCAUUGAACUUUACACAGACGUUAUGUAUAAAGAAAUUGUUUACUCAGCAUUGGAACAUAAAAUAUAUGGAAUAAAUAACCAGUCAGAGCUAAUAACAUCGGAUUUUAAUCCAACCGAUAUCCAAACCAAUCGAAGCCACACAAAAAUAGCAGAGCUCGAUUACACUGCGCGUAAUCUCUGCAUCGAUUGGAUUCAAAGAAAACUUUAUUGGACACAAUCAAACAGAACGGGAACAUACAUUAUAAAGCUAGACUUAACAUUGUGGCAACAAAUGGGCAUAGUGAAAUAUGAUGAAAUUAACAUAUACUAUCGUCAAAAUAUACCACAAUUUUUACAUGUACUGCCAUCAACAGGAUAUAUUUAUUGGUACCUUUCUGUCCAGUCUGAAAUAAUGCGAUCGGAUUUAGAUGGAAAAAACAUUAAAGUUCUUAGCAAAAACUAUAAAUGCUUCUGUACACACCUACAAUUCAAGCCCACCUUCUUACAAACUGAUACAACAAAUAUUGAACCGUUAUUGUAUUGGAAAACAGUUUCAAAUGACUUAAUCAUAACAGAUAUUAAUGGUUGUAAAUGUUACCAGGUUUCAGGAAAUUCGUUUAGAAAUCAAUACGAUUUAAAAUAUUUAACGUUUGACAAAACAAACAUUUACUUCUACAACCAAAACGAAAAAGCAAUCUACAUUUUUAAAAAACUAUAUCUUCUUUUCGAAAACAAAGAACAUGAAUUGAAAUAUAUACGUAAAGUACGUUUCCGAGAAAAUACUAAUUAUAACAUGAAACAAUUCAUAUCUCUUGAUAAAACUUUACAACCAUAUCCCCAGACGAAAUGUCUGAUACCUAACAUGAAAGAUUAUCGUAUUGAAGUAUUGAAUAAAACCGUAUACACUAUCACCAUAAGCCUUCCGGAGCCGAUGCUCAAUGACGGAUGCAAAAAGUACAAUUUACCCACUAUUAUAUAUAACAUCUCCGUGAGUUAUUUAACAUGUUUGGACAAUGGCAGCAACAAGUUCGAGCAAUAUAAUGUGUCAACGUGCGAACGACAUCAUACAUUCAAGAAUUUAAUGCCGUUCACAGAAUAUACGCUAAAGCUGGCACUGAGUAAUUUUUACUUUGACAAGUUAUCAAUGAAUUUACAAUUUGGUUCGAAUGUGAAACUGAUGAUUCUAGGGAAGAUCGACGCGCCAAAAGAUGUGACGGUUCAAAUUUUAACGCCAACUUUAGCGAUAGUUUAUUGGAUGCCAUCUAAGAAACUAAACUGCGUGACAGUAACCUACGAGGUGCAUUGGAUGCAAUAUUCAAAUAAAACGCAGGAAAUAAUACUAAAGUCGCCUCCCUUCAAAAAACCUGUUGAUAAGAUCGAACAUACGACAAAUGGGAAGCUUUUCACGACAAUUCUUCUACAGUCACAACAAAACUAUCAGAUAUAUGUGCGUGUGUAUCCACACAACUUCAGUCAGCACUUCAAUGAUAGUUUAAAUAAAAUGAUCUACACGUCAGAACCGAAUAAUUUAAAUUUAAGCGGAGUCAAUACAAUUAGUAUGAAUGUCUCAUGGAAUUCUAGCGUUAAUUUGACGAUCCACACGGAAUUCCGUCCCAUACUGGAAUACAAAAACAACGUGAUGCGGGAGUGGCAAAUCGCGAAUAACAGCGACAGAAAUAAUAAUACAAUAACAUAUUAUAUAAAGAAUUUACUGCCGCGAACUCUAUACAAUUUCCGUUUGAUCCUGAGAUAUCCCGAAUACAACGAUUUUAUAUGGCCUGAAAAAGGAUUCAAUUUUGAAACGCUUGGUAAUGUACCAAGUGCUCCUGGGAUACCUAUGGUAACAAAACUUCCAAAUUUGACGUAUCAGUUGAACUGGGAACCUGCGCAAGCUCAUGAUUCACCAGUGAUUUUGUAUCGACUGGAAGGUGUAAUUGUUGAAAAUAAUUACGAAGGAAGCAAUCAGACUGGCAAACACAAUCAUUGGAAUUUAUACUAUAAUGGAACAGAUAAUUACUACUUGAUAACUCCGAUAGACAUAAAUCAGAAAUAUCGAUUUCGUGUGCAGGCUAAAAACGUUUAUGGUUUUGGAAAAUGGAACGAAACAGGAGCGGAUAUUAAUUUAUCAGAAUCUGUCGAAGUAUCAACUAUACAAUACCUAAUACCAUACAUAUAUAAUUUUCUGCCAUUUAUAUUGAGUCUUAUCGCUACCAUCGUAAUCUGUUAUGUUUAUUACUUUUAUUGUUGCAAACAUCGACAACGCAAAGAAAGGAAACAAAUAAUUUCGUUAUCAAUAUCUGGUACCAAGUUAACAACUGCAAACGAAACACGUUACGUGAGCUAUGAACCCAACUUUGUUCACGAUGCUAAACCGCAAAUUGAUCUCGACGAAUUUGCACUAAUCACAAUAAAAAAAGAGCAAAUUACCGUACAAGAUCUUGUAGGCAGCGGCGCAUUUGGAGAAGUAUAUGAAGGAAGCGUCGAAAUGUUAGAAAUGUUAGAAACAGUACCUGUUGCCAUAAAGAUGUUACCAGAACAUGUUACUUCGGAGCAGAAAUAUGAAUUCUUAAAAGAGGCCCAGAUUAUGAAAAACUUUGACCACAAACACGUGUUGAAAUUAUUGGGCAUCUGUCUUGACACGGAUCCACCAUGGAUUAUAUUGGAAUUAAUGGAAGCUGGUGACUUAUUAACUUUUUUGAGAGAGAGUCGGACGUUGCAACCUUCAGAUCCGCAAGCUUUGAGUCUACAAGACUUGCUUGCCAUGUGCGAAGAUGUUGCACGGGGUUGUCGCUACUUAGAAGAACAACGCUAUGUGCAUAGAGAUCUCGCGUGUCGAAAUUGCUUAAUAUCGACGAAAGCUCGCGAACAGCGAAUUGUCAAAAUCAGCGACUUUGGACUAACUAGAGAUAUUUACGAACGGAACUCUUACUACAUGGAAGGAGGAACCCCGCUUCCCGUUCGCUGGAUGGCACCGGAAUCUUUGAAAUACAAAAAAUUUACUUCACAAAGCGAUGUGUGGGCAUUCGGAGUACUAAUGUGGGAAAUUACGUCAUUAGGUCAGCUGCCUUAUGUUGCCAUACGUAAUAGCAAAAUAAUGGAGCAUGUGUGUGCGGGGAAUAAGUUAUCGAAACCUCGUAAUUGUCCAGAUAAAUUGUACGAAUUAAUGCAAAGUUGCUGGAAUGUUGUGAACCGAAGGCCAACAUUCAGACUUUGUCUGGAAAAUAUAGAAACCUUGAAAGUCGAAAUACAAGACGCAGUGCUAAUUCCUUGGAAUAUUAGCAGACAUAUACAGCUGCCGCCGCCGAAAAAAAUGUGAAUACAUUCCAUUGGCAAAUUUUGACUGAAGCACAGUG